AUGUCGCGGCCAUCGUAUUUCUACGAGGGAAGGACUCGCUUCGGUGGCACUAACAACGCCCGCGCGGCCCGACUCACGGCCGGCACCACUCCCUACUCAGUGUCGGCCCGAUUGGCACCGAUGGUCACACUUAGGCCACAGCAGCGACCGGUGGCUGUGAGCGCGUCGGCCGCCUCUGUGUCGGCCCCGGAGGCCGGUCUCAGUGCCAGCAGUCGUCGCAUACUUGAACUCCUCGAGAGAGCGUCGACGCCAGUGCAAGACGCGCGCCGUCAGCCCUACUCGUCGGCCACCGCAUCCGCCCGACAGCACUACUUCACCUCAGCCUCCGACUACUCGUUGAGGGCCAGCAAAAGGCCCCGAAUGGGUGGUCCGCCCACUGGCGCCACGCCGUUGGCCUCGCAGGCGGUGAUUGAUCGCAGAUUCGCGCCCCAGAAGUGGGAGUUAAAGCUCGUGCCCGACGCUGACGGCGCCGCUAAGCUGUCUGUCGCCCCGAAGACCACCGACGAGUUGAUCGCGUCGGCCGCUCGCGAAGACAAUACACGACUCGCCGAUAGGUUUGACCCCAAAAUGUUGGGAAGAGUUCAGCGAAGAGAGGAGAGACGCGGCGCCAAAAUACACGUGAAUGACAAUCAAGAGGACGACGACCAGUGUUUGCAACGGUUGGCUGCGGUCCAGCCCCUGGCGAUACCGUCGGGCGCUCUGUUGCCUACCUUUACGUUCAGCAAAUCGUCGACAGCAGUGACUGAUCGUAAGCCCGCGUCGGAUGCCGUACGCAAACCCAUAACCACUACAACUGUGACCAAAAUCUUUGCCACAGAAGAGGACGACGAGUGCCCUGUUUUCGCGUUCACAGAACCAGUGCUCAAACGCAAAGCGCGCAAACUGUCCAUCAGAGGCAUCGAUGAGUCGCCGCCGCCCGUCGACGGCAAGAAAGGCUCGUUUGUGUUCAGUAGUCCCGCCGCCUCUUUGCCCGUCACUAAUAAUAAGUCGAACGGAAUUAACGAUUUAAUAAAGGCUUCGACGGCACCGCCGGUCACUCCUAUACCACCAUUGGGUGCGAAGACUCGCGACUCGACGCCUGCCGUAAGCGCCGCUACUUUUAAUGGUUUGGACGCCAUUUCGACGACGCCUUCAUUCACCACAAUAACCACUUCUACCACAACAACGGCUAAGACUACAACAACAGCACCGAAACCACAGUUAGAUUCACCCGCUGUUGACUCUCCCAAACGAGUGGACCCGAAGCUAUUCUCCUUUGGCGUACCAUUCAGUGCGAGUAAUACCACGAGUGGGUCUUCAUCGUCGCCAACAGUGCCAACACAACAACAACUGAUUACUAAAUCGUCGCCAAAAGCGUCGACACCGACAAAGACAUUGCCCUCUUUUGGGGCGUUUGGCACUAUCGACAAAUUCAAACGCAAAGCGCGCAAACUGUCCAUCAGAGGCAUCGAUGAGUCGCCGCCGCCCGUCGACGGCAAGAAAGGCUCGUUUGUGUUCAGUAGUCCCGCCGCCUCUUUGCCCGUCACUAAUAAUAAGUCGAACGGAAUUAACGAUUUAAUAAAGGCUUCGACGGCACCGCCGGUCACUCCUAUACCACCAUUGGGUGCGAAGACUCGCGAUUCAACGCCUGCCGUAAGCGCCGCUACUUUUAACGGUUUGGACGCCAUUUCGACGACGCCUUCAUUCACCACAAUAACCACUUCUACCACAACAACGGCUAAGACUACGACAACAGCACCGAAACCACAAUUAGAUUCACCCGCUGUUGACUCUCCCAAACGAGUGGACCCGAAGUUAUUCUCCUUUGGCGUACCAUUCAGUGCGAUCAGCUGUUUGAGCGCUACGGUUGCGGCCGCAGCGCCCGCACCGGUUGGGGCCGUAUUCGACGGUUGGGGCGAUAAAUUCAAACAGGCGUCCGGAACGUGGAGUUGUCCCGUCUGUUGUAUCUCUAAUAAGGACAGCGAUUCGCGGUGUUUGGCCUGUGAAGAGCCCAAACCUGGCGGUGGCGGCGGAACCACCACUUCUAAGGACACAUUUUCCGAUAUAAAGACUGCUAACAAAUCUGGUUUUGGCGGCAAUACAUCGGCCUUUAGUUCUUUGCCGGCACUGCAGGACAAUAAUCAGCCGCUCUUUGUGUUCGGCACUCCUUCUGAAGUUAAGGUCUCGACGACGACCAGCGCUUCGUUCGGCGGUUUUGGUAUCGCAUCGCCGGCGCCAGCGGUAACGCAGCCGACCUCUACUCCCCUAUCGAGUACUUUUGGUGGCUUUGGUUCCACACCAUUAGCUCCUGUGAUGACACAAUCGUCGUCCCAAUCGGCGACCUCUGCCUCCACGACCACCGCAUCGUUCGGCAACUUUGGCGGCAAUGCGUUAACCGCUUCGGCGACCGGUUUAUCGCAAUUUAAGGCCUCGACAACGACAUCACCUCUGGCGGCGAAUCCAACGUUCGGCGGAUUCGGUUUAACCACUUUAGCUCCUGUAGUAACACAACAGUCCGCCUCAUCGGCGGCCACCAAAACGGGCAUCACUUUUGGCGGUUUCGGUCAAUCAGCGACACCAGCCGUUACCACACAAUCACAGCCGACAUCAUCGGCCGCGCCGUUCGUUUUCGGUGGCUUUAGUACCAAUCAAGCGUCGGCUCCCACAGCGUCGAAGAGCUCUCCGCCGACAUCAUCGGCCGCGCCGUUCGUUUUCGGUGGCUUUAGUACCAAUCAAGCGUCGGCUCCCACAGCGUCGAAGAGCUCUCCGGUGACCUCUACUACCACCGCAUCGUCUUUCAUCAGCUUUGGCGCCAACAAUAGCACCGCAACCACAGCCUCAGUACCGGCUGUAAAGCCUCCGCCGGCUUACACUUUUGGCGGCUUCGGUGGCGCCAGUGGUGGCCAAUCGACAACCCCUUCGAUCACUCAAUUCCAGAGUCCCUCGCAGUCGACGCCCACUUUUGGUGGUUUCGGUGCCACACCAGCGAUGCCUUCAGUGCCUAAAUCGACGACCUCUGCCACUGACUCGUCCGCAGCCACACAGCAGAGCAAACCCGAGUCCAAACUGUUUCAAUUCGGCACUCAAUCGGCAACCGCUGGACAACAAUCGUCUAAAGAACAAAUAAAAUCGUCACCGUUUGGCUUCGGAGGGUUUGGUGGCAACCAAUCGACCGCUACAACUGCCGCCACCGCAGCGGCGCCCGUAUCGCAGACACCGGCGAAUCCGACACCGUUUACCUUUGGCUCGACGUUUGGUUCGGGCAACCAAUCAGUGCCUACAGCCGUACCGCAGAGCCAAUCGGCGCCUCAACAGCAGCCAAAGGUACCGUCGUUUUCGUUCAACGGCUUUGGCAACAACAGCGCGCCCUCUACUGGAGCCCAACCAUCGUUGCCCUCAUUCACGAGUCAAUCCCAAUCGUCGGCGACGGGAACUCCGUUUACUUUCGGUGGCUUUGGGUCCGCGCAGUCAGCAUCAGCUCCGACCUCCCAGACGGGGCCCAAACCGCCGUCGUUUGCGUUUAACGGGUUUGGCAACAACAGCAACACUCCCACAGCGCCCGCACCCGUCAACCAAUUCUCCAGUAGUCAAUCGCAGGCCGUGACCACUGCCGGCGCCGCCGCUCCGUUCGCGUUUGGCGGUUUCGGCACCACUCAGUCGGCGCCGACACCCGUUGUACCGACAGUACCUCAAUUCCAGAGCCAACCCGCGGCCCAACCCCUCCUACCGACGGCUCCGCAGUUUAAUUUCACGCAACAGCCGUCGUUUGACUUCGCCUCUAUGGCCAGCACCGGCGCCGCCGCCGCUCAGCCACUAUUCCAGUUCUCGGCCGAACCGACGGCGCAAACGACAGCAACCAAUCGGUUCAUCAAAAAAGCCAAACGACGUCUCAAUCCAUCAUAACUUUCUGUUUGUUUUUCACGCAUUAUUUUUAAUCCAUUUUUCAAUAUAAAUGUUAUAAAUUUCAUGAAUAUAUUGAUAAUACAAUUGAAAAAUACAGAUAAAUAUUAUUAUUGAAUAACAUAUACACAAAAAUAUAUGAUCUAUUUUUGUGGUCAAUCGCCGACAAUAACUUUUAUGUGUUAUAUAUUAUAAUUAUAUAUAAAAGUGCUGUAUUUUCUCACACAAGAAA